UCAUUUAUUAUGAAAUAGAGCAUCGAUCCAGCACACUCCCCUGCCAUUACUAACACUGCCAUUUCACUAACCUCAUAUCAAGCAAGAGUUCUGAAACUGAGAUGCCCGGAUUAAAACAGAAGCUAUUGUAGCUUACUUUAAGCAAACUACUUUGAUUCUCUCGCUUCAGGAACCUAGUUCUCCCUCUCCCCCUUUUUCUUAUCUCUUCUGUGAGAUUUCUUUCAAUUUGUCGAUUUUACAUAGUAUUUUCAGAUUGAAGAUCCGAAAGGUGGUUGAAGAACAUGGCGAUUUGUUCUUCAAGCUUCAGAUUGUCACAUUUAGCCAAUUUUUCGAAUGAGAUUGUGUCAACGGAGCAAUGGAGCGAUAAUUGGAAUGUUGAUGUUAGAAUAUUGGGGAGAAGCAGGAAUGGCGGAUUGCAGUCUUCCAUGAAAUCUGCGAUUUUUUCGAUUUCAUCUAAAAGAAAAGAUAAUCUACGUUUCUCACAGAUAAGAAAGAGUAAGUUCGCCGUCAGGAGCAUGUCGGAGUUGCAGAGUGUACCGGAUUCCGGUAAUCCUGGGGUUACGGAUUUGAACCAGGCUGUGGAUACGACAUUAGAGAAGGAAUCUAGUGUGCCUCAGACUAGCUUUACUCUUGACAUUGACAAUGGAGGUGAUGGGAAAUACUCUUUGGGUAGUGGUGAUGGUAACGGGAAGACUCCAUUUGGAGGUGGUGGAGGAGAAGGAGGUGGUGCUGGUGGCAGCGAUGAUCACGGAAGGGAUGAUCAUGAAGAAGAGGAGUUUGGGCCAGUAAUGAAGUUUGAGGAAGUGAUGAAAGAGGCUGAAGCUCGUGGUGUUAGUCUUCCAUUGGACAUGUUGGAAGCGGCUAAGAUUGUUGGAAUUCGUAAAGUUCUUCUUCACAGAUACUUUGAUUUGCAGGGGUCAUCCUGGCUUUUAGGUUUCGCAACGAGAUCCUGCUCAAUGCUUCGCAAUCGAAUGCUUGCCGAUCCAUCUUUCCUUUUUAAAGUUGGAACGGAGAUCGUCAUUGAUUCUUGUUGUGCAACAUUUGCUGAAGUUCAAAAGAGGGGAAAGGAUUUCUGGUCCGAAUUUGAGUUGUAUCUUGCAGAUCUUAUAGUUGGCACGGUUGUUAACAUUGCUUUAGUUGCUAUGCUAGCACCCUAUGCUCGUUUUGGGCAACCAACCGCAUCAAAAGGCUUCCUUGGAAGCUUGCAAGCUGCUAAUGCCACCCUUCCCAGUAGUGUAUUUGAAGCUGAAAGACCAGGAUGUGCAUUUACAGUACAGCAAAGAAUUGCAACAUACUUUUGUAAGGGUGUGCUGUAUGGAUCAGUUGGGUUUGCUUGUGGUCUUAUUGGACAAGGCAUUGCAAAUUUGAUAAUGACCGCCAAACGGAACAUAAGAAAAUCGGAAGAGGACAUACCUGUGCCACCUCUUGUGAAAAGUGCUGCUCUUUGGGGUGUUUUUCUUGGUGUUUCUUCUAAUACCCGUUACCAGAUUAUAAAUGGUUUGGAACGCCUGGUCGAAGCAUCACCUGUGGCAAAGAGAGUCCCACCUGUUGCAAUGGCAUUCACUGUUGGUGUGCGAUUUGCUAACAAUAUUUAUGGUGGUAUGCAGUUCAUAGACUGGGCUAGAUUGAGUGGGGUGCAGUAGUAAGUCAUUUCAUAGCACUUAUUAGUUUAAUGCAUUUAAACUAUAAUAAUGUAGAAACAGAAACUUCAGAAUGCGGAUCUGUGAACCUUAUUCAGCCCAAAAACCUGUGUUAAUUUUUGAGGCCAUUGCUCACUAACAUUACAAGGAGUUUCUUAUCAAACAGAUAUUAGUCUUUUUCAGUUUGUUGUAUCCUUGUUUGGGGUUCUCUUUAGUGAUCUGUAUGAAUGAUUAACGCCGAUGGUUGGGUUAAUAUUUAUUCUUCUAUUUGCCUUAA